AGACCUGCUAAUACGUACUCGGGAGCACUGAUGCGCGGUCCCGACGAUAAGCAUGUGACGCCUGCAUCCGGGACACUUCGACGCAGACUCACUCUCCAUCAUGGCGGCGUCAGCUAAGAAGAAGAAUAAGAAAGGGAAGACCCUGACCCUGACCGACUUCCUUGCCGAGGACAGUGGUGGCAAUGCACCCCUGAGCUACCCCACCAAGCCCACCAGCUGGGCGGAUGAGACCGACGACCUGGAAGGAGAUGUUUCCACCUCCUGGCACACAGAGGAUGAUGUGUACCGGGCCCCCCCCAUUGACCGCUCCCUCUUGCCCACGGCCCCCCGGGCUGCCCGCGAACCCAAUGUGGACCGCACACGGCUCCCCCGCAGCCCUCCCUACACGGCCUUUUUAGGGAACCUCCCAUAUGAUGUCACAGAGGACUCAAUCAAGGACUUUUUCCGAGGUCUCAGUAUCAGUGCUGUGCGUCUCCCCAGGGAGCCUAACAACCCUGAGAGACUUAAAGGCUUUGGCUACGCUGAGUUUGACGAUGUGGAUUCGCUCCUGCGGGCCCUGAGCCUCAACGAGGAGAACCUGGGUAACAGAAGGAUCCGUGUGGACAUUGCAGACCAGUCUAACGAGAAAGAGAGAGAUGACCGCUCCAUGUCUGGGCGCGACCGGAACCGGGGGGACGGUGGCCCUGACAAGACAGACUCAGACUGGCGAGCGCGGCCUGCCAGCGAUAGCGACGACGGUCCACGGCGGGACGAUGCCUUCGGCGAACGGUCACGUGACCGCUACGAGUCGGACCGCUUCCGUGACGGCCCCCGGAGAGAUGGAGAUCGCUAUGAUGGCGGCAGGGACCGGUUCCGUGACCGCUACGAUGACCGUGACCGCAGAGACUUUGACAGAGGUUACGACUCCCGCAGUGGUGGGGGGCGUCGACCCUUUGGCAGUGGUUUCCGACGUGACUACGAUGACCGGCGCGAUGACUUCCGGGGCAGCAGUGAUCGCUAUGGCGAUCGGUAUGCUGACCGUGAGGACCGGUACGAAAGGCGGGACGAGAGGCGUGAGGAGAGAGGCCCCCUCCAGAGGCCCAAGCUGAACCUGAAACCCCGCAGUGUGCCCAAGGAAGAGGACCAGGGUGGGGCUCCCUCGGCCCCGACGGGUCGCACCGCAUCCAUCUUCGGUGCGGCCAAGCCGGUGGACACGGCCGCCAAGGAGCGGGAGGUGGAGGAGAGGCUGAAGAAGGAGCAGGAGAAGCUGCAGAGGCAACUGGAGGAGGAUAAGGGCAGGGCACCAGAGCGCAAGCCUCGGGAGAGGCACCCAAGCUGGCGGAACGAGGAGCAGCCCGCGGAGCGAUCGCGCACUGGCAGCGAGUCCUCGCAGCCCGGCAGCACCUCGGGUAGAGACUCCCGGCGCAGGGAGAGUGAACGAGCCGUGGAGAACGAGGUUUUCAGCGGCCGUGAGGAGGACCCCCCCUCUCCAGGGAGUCGAGCUCCCCCUAGGCACGAAGCCCUGCCCCUGAAGGUCGUACCGGCCCCGCCCCCCAAGGAGAAUGCCUGGGCGAAGCGCAGUGCUGUGGGAGGUGGCAGCUCCAGCGAGCAGGAGGGCCGCUCCCCCACCUCCCCUAGCAGCCUGGGGCCCCCGAAGCUGCCCAGCUCCUCAGGCUCAGUGGACGAGAAAACCUCUCCGCGCAGUAAAGAUGAGAACAAGGUGGACAGUGUGCGCCGGGACCGGGGCCCUGCACGGGGCCGGGGGGGCGCCUCUGUCCCUGGGGCGGGCAGGGGCAGAGGAGAUGCUGCCAGCAGAGACCGGAGAAAGGAGCCAGACAGAAAGGAUGGUAGAAGAGAGCGAGACUGCAAACCUGUGCCAGAGCCAAAGAGAUACGAGGAAUCCCCCAGCCCUAAAUUCAGCUCCGCCAGUAAGUACGCAGCGCUGCUAAUGGAUGGCGACCAAGGCGAUGAGGCAGAGGAUGGCGUGGAGUAGGAAGAGGAAGAUGCGAAGAAUGAAUUAAAGAAGUCCGAGAAACAGAUCCAAUCUUCACACCGGCAGCCGCACCAGACCCAGCUCAGCCGGACUGGACCUAAACAUAGUACAAUACUGGACUUGUUUUAAAAUGGGAAUAAGGAAAUGGAAAUUGAAUAAAUAAUUAUAAUAAAUAAAAAGUGGGGAAAAAAAGAUUAAA